AUGAGCGAAGUCACAAUCGGAGUUCUUGCGCUGCAAGGCGCUUUCAGCGAACACAUUCAGCUACUACAACAAGCCGCCAACUACAUCGACUCGGAAGCCAAUGCGACAGCGCGAAAGUGGCAAUUCAUCGAGGUCCGAACAGUCGAACAACUCCAAUCAUGCGCCGCUCUCGUCCUCCCCGGAGGUGAAAGCACUACAAUCUCCCUCGUCGCUGCCCGAUCCGGCAUGCUGGAACCCCUACGCGAAUUCGUCAAAGUGACAAGAAAGCCUACCUGGGGCACGUGUGCAGGUCUCAUCCUCCUCGCCGAGUCUGCCAACCGCACCAAACAGACGGGACAAGAGUUGAUCGGAGGGUUGGAUGUUCGCGUCAACCGCAACCACUUCGGACGUCAAGUCGAGAGUUUCGAAGCGGCAUUGGACCUACCCUUCCUGGUUGAGGCAGGUGGUGAGGACUUUGCUACCAGCAACAAGCCAUUCCGCAGCGUCUUCAUCCGAGCCCCUGUUGUUGAGAAGAUCCUAGAGGCACAAACAGGAGUGCAAGAGGCAGAGGCAAGGUUGGACGACACAGUGGUUGCGCCAUCAAAGGCAGCGUCAAGCGGACAGGCACUCGGCAAGGUCGAAGUCAUGGCAAGAUUGCCGGGUAGAGCAAAGGCGCUGAACGACAAGAAGACAACAGCAAGAGAGGUAGGAGAGGAGGGAGACAUCGUGGCCGUCAGACAGGGCAAUGUGUUUGGCACCAGUUUCCACCCCGAGCUGACUGGAGAUGCAAGAAUUCACGUGUGGUGGAUCAAGGAGGUACUAAAGGCACUGCAUGGAAGAACCCUCGUCGAGAUCGGUACGAAUAAUACGCUCAUCCAGCUUGGUGCCGCCAAUGUACUUCAGGCAGUCGAGAGCAUCCUGGUGGGUGUAGUACUCGACGAAGCAGAAACCGCAGGGGGUCUUUUGGAAACGGUCGAGACCCAUAAUCAGACGCUUGAUCUCGCCGCACUUUGAGAAGAGCUCGUGAAUCUGUUCCUCGGUGGUGUAGAAAGAAAGGUUGCCGACGUAGAGAGUGGUUGCGUCCUUGAGCUUGUCCUCGGGCUCGGGCGUCUUUUCCUGGGGAGUGUCAUCG